ACACGAACGUACGGCAACGAGCACAGUCCCUCGUUUCGAACACGCCUUGUUCGAAAGUCUCUGAGAAAAAUUUAACUCACUGUCCGUGCGACGUACGUCCACAAUCUUCCGACGCCAUGGACGACCUGGAAUUAAUGAAUGCCCCGGAUUUGUUCCGGCUACGAACCACUGCAAAACGCCAGCACACGAACCUCGUUACGCGAGUGUACAACAUGAUUAACAGGCGGGCAGCGCAAGCUGGAUUCGUGGUGUUGUCAACGGAUCUUGAAGCUGCGCUAGAGCGUGUCACGGCGAUUAACGAGCGGUACGUCAUCGCGGGAGAGCUGGAUGAUCAAGAAAGAGUGGCAGCAGAGGACUACAUCCAAGGCGUUGCUGCGGUAAAUAGGCAAGCACGGCUUGCCAUUGGAGGGUAUUUACAACCCGGCACUAACCCGCGCUUAGAAGGAUGGAUCGUUGAAGACUCGAAUAUUGAUCAAGCUCUGCAGCAGCAUCCCCCGACUGAAUCCACUGGAGCAGAAGAAGAUCGGGAUAGCGGUCCAGAGCAUAAUGAAAUAAACCAACGACCUGUUCACAGGACCACGCCGGCCGAUCCUCCCAUCGACCCAUUAAUUUUGGGCUCAACUGGUGGCGUCAAUAACCAAACCGAGCCUAACGAGGCCAAUAAAGCGAAACGACGAAGAAUUGAACUUGAAUUCGAACUCGAAAGGAAAAAGGUUGAACGUUCCCGCAAGAUGGAUGAUCUUUUGCGUCAAUGCGAGAGAGAAGAAGAAGAUCUUAAAAUGGCAAUCGAGCGCGAAAGGGUCUUGGCUGGUGCGCUCGAUGGAUCGAUUCAAGGAAACCCAAUCCUUUCAUCCACACCAAAGCGCAAUAUGGAUACCGUCGGAAACUUACGACCCGUAGAAGCAAACGAAAGAUCGGCAACAUUCGCUCCGCCAAGUCGUUGGCCAAAGAUUAUCGUCGAAAAAUUCAACGGGGAUCCGCGAAAAUGGCAAAGAUUCGCGCACGGUAUUCACGCCACCGUUCGCGACGCGAACAUCCCUGACUCCUACAAGCUUUUGGGCCUUCAAGACAACAUUACUGAAGAUAUUCGGAAAAGGAUGGGCCACAUUUUCAACGGAUCAUAUGCAUUUGAGUCGGCUUGGAUUGAAUUAGAAGUUAAAUAUGGAAAUCUAUGUCUUAUAAUGCAGGCGCAUAACCAGCACCUUCUCCAAGUCCAGCCUUUCAAAACCGGGGACUUUAAUUCGCUCUUCACUUUAGCGGCAGAUGUCCGUGAUGCCGUAUCGAGCGUUUCCGUUGAGCACUCAAAGGAGUUUACGUUUUCAACCGUCAUCACCUCGCUCGCCUCAAAGCUUCCAAUUCAGCUUCAAAUCGACUGGGGAAAAUAUGCAUAUUCCCUUCGUCCGAAUCUACCAUCGCUACGAGAUUUCGACAAGUGGAUUGAUAUCGCUGUCUGA